UUCUAGGUGUAAUACCAACGCGGACACGCGAACCUUUCUAAAUGUAAUCGACCAUUAGCCCAGUCAGUCACUGUGCUCCAUAAAGUGCUCUGCGAACGGAUGUUGCGCGAAGCGACGUGUCUGCUUAUCAAAUAAUCGUGAUAAACGUUCGUGCCAACGUGGAUCUUUAAAUUACGGGUCUUCGGGUCUCGAAAGGGGAUUUGAAAGUACAUUUGUGUUGACGUGUACGGUUACCCUCUUAAUGGCAGUGCCGCUGAAAACAUAGCGUUCGACGUCACCGUGAGCAUGAACAAUACAUCGCGUAAAGUGAAAAAUCCGUUGCUGUCCGCCGCAGGUCCGGGCUUUCCGAUCGAGAACUACACGGAGAAUGCAUUGCUAGUGCCAGUCACACCCGCGACUCCUGCCGUGCUCCGAGAUGAUACGGAGCUCGACAACUUCGUAGGACAGGAGUCGGUCAAUAAUAAUAAUCAACCUCAAAUAUCGUCAAGGACGUACGAGCAUCUUUCUACGAAUGCAUCUCCUCAGCCGAGCGAAAGUAAGGACACGGCGAACCAGCCGACAAAACAAGGAUAUUUCACAUCGAUUCUGUCUUCCCUGCCAAACUUGUCGCUGGCAUCGAACAAAAACGAUUUCCCGGGGACACAAAUAAGCCAGACGACGGAGAAUAUCGGCGGAGCAACGCACGAAUCCAAUCCUUAUGCAAGCUCGCAAGGACGUCAUAUUUUUCAGCCAGAUGAACCGGGAUCCUUAGCAACUAAUCUUUCAAACACUUCCAGUACAGACUUGUCCGUUACUUUCGAUCCUGCUUUACCGGGCCCUCCGCAGUCUACGAUUCCACCCGGUUUACCUGUAACUAAAGAUAGUCCAGUGUCGUAUCGGCUUGGUAAUCAACGACGUCUGAAGUACGCGUUGCCGCCCGAUCUAACGUCUAGCAACGCGAGGCGAUAUCUCAGUCCAGAGAUAGAAACGUUCAUCUCGAAACAAAAUGUAUGUACCGCGCCGCCGAGCAUUUUGAAUCCAUACGAAUCAGAGGGAUCCCCUCAGAGUAAGAAUAUCAGCGUGCAACAGAUCGGUACUCCGCCCGAGCAACCCCCAACUUCUGAACAGUUGUCGCGCAACAGCUCUCUCCACGGUUCCUUUCGAUCUAGCCCGAUCGCAAGUGGACCGGCGUACAACUUGCCUUUAACGUCAGCAAGUCAGAAUCCUUUUAACGAGAAUUUCUCCGUGCCUGCGUCGCCGCAAUUUACUUCGUCGCCAGCUAGACCGAUACCAUCGCGACUUCUGGAACCCGCAACGCCGCAAAACACCCCAGCGAACGUUUCGUUUCCCAGCUUUGUCCCUUAUUUGAACCGGGACUUUCCGUCGGCUGAUCCGAACAAGGAAGUGACUGCGUUUAAAAGCUCUCAUCAGCUAAAUUCGCCGCCGGAGUUUUCGAAAGACGGCGUCUCGGAGGCGACGGUAGAAGCUGCCGAUAAAUCGUCAUCGACAUUGGGAGACACCGAUGCGACUUUCACGCCGAUAUCGGCAGCUCAGGUGACGGAGAAGUUGGAGCAUCUGCUUGCGGAACGCGAAGAAAGUCUGACUCGUGAAGUAUCUUCCGGAGCCUCCUCGGAGAUCGACGAAGUUACGUCCAACGUCGCCGUCGAAUUAGCGAGAUCCUUCGAACUGCAGAGCGAGGCGCCGCAAGCAGCAAACGAGUUUAUCGAAAGAUCAUACGAGCCGAAGUCAAAUGACACUCGAGAGAAAAACGUUCAUUCUGCGAGUAACAGUCUGAGUGACGUGUUCCUUGGACAAAACUCGUCGGAGCUAUCAGUAACUCGACCGGAAGUAUACACAGCCGACAAUAACUCGGUUGUAGCUGAUAUCCCAGGGGUUAAGCAAUCAAACGCACACUCAUCGGAGCAACCGCCGACCGCGCUGUAUCCCAUUUUUCAACAGACAAACGAGCCGUCGGAUCAAAAGUCGAGCUUGAAUUAUGUGCCGUUUGUACGGCCUCUGCAUCAAAACAUUUUCUAUGUGCCAUUGAAGCCAACGGAGCCAUCCGCGAGUGUGUACUUCGAGUCGACGGCGAAGAGUACAGAUCGGCUUCCGGAUCCUUCGUCUCAGGGGGAAAAUUGGAAUCGGCCUGUCGCUCAGUCGACAAUCGACGCGACUGACAAUCGGCAACAAGUUCAACAGACACCUGCUUUUGACUCUUCAGCGGUCGACUCCUCAGCUUUCGCGCCGCUUUGGAAUGCCGAUCAAGUCCCUUCGCAGUCGCAGGGGCUGAACGCCGCCGCUCAGUCCGCCAAUCAAUCGACGUCCAUCGCGUCCAAGCAACCACCACCCUUUACGUUCUAUAAUCCCGCGGAGUUUGCGGUGAAUCAAUUGCCCCAGCAGCCGAUUUUCUCCUACACGCCCGACCAGCAUCUCGCGCAACAGCAACCGAGUCAAAGUGCACCUCUUUACCAGAGUGCCAGCGGCUUUCAUCAGCAACCCUCAGCCGUUCACGAAAAUAAUACCGCGUAUCCUUUGUCUGUUGUUUCUAUGGCAACAGUACCUGAACCAACAGGAUCCGCCACACUCAGCCCUGUUCAAAUGUCGACCAAUUCUUUAAACAAUCGCUCCGUACAAGAUACCAUCCCACCAAGCUUCCAGAACUUGGCCUCUGGAUCUGCCGAGCAACGCGUGCAGUACAGACCGAUGUACCAUCACUGGUUCUACCGCAAGCAAGUGGAAAGCAAGAUAGUGUGGUAUCCAUUUUCCAUGCAGGACAGCUUAAAACUGGAGGAGGUUCACAAUUCCAGCGAAAUUACGACGGAGACCACAGUGGCUACCGAUGGCGGCCGUUACGACGUCAGCAUCUUGCGUCGGCAAAGAGCGCCCGUCUAUUGGUCCGGGAAAUCGGACGAAGUCAGACGAUGUUCUUGGUUUUACAUGGGACCGAUCGAAUCAAAAUACGUUCCUUACGACGAGAAAACCGCUACGAAACUCGAGGAGGAGUACAAGCUAGCGUGCAUCACGAAUGUCUGGAAUCGAAGAAUCGAGCUGAAUAACGGAGAGUACAUUCUCUUCCACAGCGCGACUGUUCAAGUUCAUUAUGUGCAUCCAAGUUCCUCCGAGUUGUCAGGAUCUUGGGGGAAUAGCACGGGUUCAGCGGACGGUACAUAUUUACAGGGUAUCGCAAACAGGCCGAAAACCGUUAAAAGGGGAGUCAGUGAAUUCAAUAUAGACGAGGGCGAACCCGAGAAAGUGGAUCAUCUUCUAUUCCUCGUUCAUGGUAUAGGUAGUGUUUGCGACCUAAAGUUCCGCACCGUAGAGGAAGUCGUCGACGAAUUCCGCAGCAUAUCCCUUCAACUGGUGCAGUCUCAUUAUCGUACCGCAAGCACGCAAGGCAUCGUAAACAGGAUCGAGGUGCUACCGAUUUCCUGGCAUGCGACGCUUCAUUCCGGCGAUACCGGGAUCGACAAGAAGCUGCAAGCUAUCACGUUGGAAAGUAUCCCAAAGCUGCGGCAUUUUACCAAUGACACCUUGCUCGACAUACUUUUCUAUACAAGUCCUGUGUACUGUCAAACCAUCAUGCAAACGGUUGGCAGUGAGAUGAACAGAUUGCACGCGCUGUUCAAGGAAAGAAACCCGACCUUUGAUGGGGGGAUAUACAUAGGCGGUCACUCGUUGGGCAGUUUAAUUCUGUUUGACUUGCUGUGCCAUCAAAAACCAAUCGUGGAGAAGACUGAAGAGGAAGACAACGAGGACGACGGUAGUGACAAAGUAGAAAACGAAAGUGAGAAGACAGUCAAACCGAUGAAGCAAGCGCCCACGCCCGUAUUAAAAAGGCGUCUCAGUAAAAGAGUUAGUUACGUAAUGGGCGUGGCAGGGACUGGCCAACCUUACAUACAUUAUCCGCAACUCAAUUUUUACCCACAUGCCUUCUUCGCCCUUGGCAGCCCUAUUGGCAUGUUCGUGACUAUUCGAGGCAUCGACACGCUCGGAGAAAACUUUGUCUUUCCGACUUGUCCGGCUUUCUUCAAUAUUUUCCAUCCCUUCGAUCCGGUAGCUUACAGAGUGGAAUCCUUGAUUAAUCCUGAAUCGUACAAGUACCGACCCAUGUUGAUACCGCAUCACAAAGGCAGGAAGAGGAUGCAUCUGGAACUGAAGGAGACGAUGGCACGUGUCGGGGCGGACUUGAAGCAAAAGUUACUCGACUCCGUGAAGAAUACGUGGAAUUCCAUUUUCCAACUAUCCAUGUUUUACAAGACGGACAACCAAGCUCUGGCGAACGAGAUCGACAAAGUGGUCGAGGAGCAGCUGCAGCAAUCGCAGAAUGAGAUUGAGCAACGCAGCAGCGAUGACGGUGGCGCAAACAUAGUAAUGGGAAAGCUAAACGGCGGUAGAAGGAUAGAUUACGUUCUGCAAGAAGCGCCUUUCGAGUAUAUCAAUGAGUACAUCUUCGCCCUUACCAGCCAUAUCUGUUACUGGGAAUCCGAGGACACUAUGCUCCUGAUACUAAAGGAGAUGUAUGGAGCCAUGGGUAUACAGACUGAUGCGCAACUUCCUCAGCAGACGAUGUCGGUCGAGAGAAUGUCGCCUUCACCGUCUAUGAGUUUAGCCGCUUUGUCGCCCAGCGGAAGCAACGUAGGAACGCCGUCGCUCGUUAUGGGGAUAGACCCUACAGUGCCUAUUUCCAACAAACCUGUCGGGCCGCCACCUAAGGCCGGUUUCGUAAAUCGGAAAUCGUGAUCGACAGGAUAUCAAGUUUCCCGCAAUUGCAUGCCGCGAUAAUCGGAUUGCGUUCUGAGAGAAAUCAAUCUUAUUUCCGGUAUCGAGAACCGAAGGAGCGACGUUGUGAUUGCAUCUGAACGUUGCAGUUGUGAGGCGGAGAGACCGCGGACGCGGAAAUGUCAAAUCAAAUGUUGAGUCAAAUCAAUGUAUUUUACGAUAUCUCUUUGUUAUUUAUAGGUUAUUUUCUCAUCAAGUAUUUCCUAAUCAACGAUAGACAUACGUGAAAUGUUAAUUAUAUUAUGACGAGCUCGGCCUAUGUGAUUUAUCAUCUCGACCAGCUGUGGUCUGUAUAAAGGAAAAAUCAGUUAGAUUAACUGUCAAGCAUUAACGAUGAGAGGAUGCGAAUAACGACUGAACUGGAUAUUUCUGCCUGUAAAUAAUUCGCUUUGCAAUUUGCUUUCUCAUUUUAGUAUCGAGAGUAUGCAUAUUCGUACAUAUAUAUAUAUAUAAAUGUAUUAUUUACACCUAGCCCGUGCGCGCAAUUGUAAGCGUAUGAUUGAAGACGCGCGUGGAAUGUCGAAGAGGAUGGAUAUUGCGAUGAGAAUGUGCAAAUGAAGUUACGUGUAAAUACACGGUUUAUAGACUAGUAAGAGGAUUGUAGAUUAUAUGAACUUCAACGAUAUAUAUUUCACCGAGUUAUGAAAAUAUUCAUCGGAAUUCUCAUGUAUAUGCGCGUGUUUUAAUAAAUUACUGUAUUCUUUUA